UCAAGCCGCAUUUUGUGCAUACCCAAGCUUUGUAAAUGAGACCCCAGAUCCAUAAUGUGAAUUAUUAACAAAUGAAACAGCCAAAAAGCUAUAAGGGCCCACACUAAAAGUCCCCGUCCCUCUCUGCACUGUGACAAUGGCUCCGCACAUUGUUAGGCAGUAAGCCUGUCAGUGUUUUGUAUGAAAGUGUUGGAAAAAAUAAGAGUCCAGCUGAGUCAUGUGUUGACCCGAAAGCCCGGCUCCAAGCCAAGUCUCCUUCCACUCACAUGCGGUACAAACCCGGUAACGAACCGAGAAAGCUUGUUUACACUACUAACGAAAGGGUUAGGAUCACACAGCAGUGCGCUGUUUACAAAAAAAGGAAAAAAAACAGAUACUGUCAUCUCUGUCUUUGAGCAAUGAGAACCGACAAUAUUAAGAUCACAUAACAGGAAGAAGGAAGGUAAGAAAACGGCAUAGCUAUUAACAAUGUUUUUUGGGGGGAGCCCUGACUGCUGCUGUUGUGUGGAGAAGUCUGUGUGUAUGUGUGUUAUAAAGUGAGAGCCAGGACAGUGACGUAAACGGCAGAUGGAUACGUUGAACAUUGUUAUCGUUCUUACAGGUACUGUAACCCAAUAAAGUGGACGCUAACCGGUACGCAAACACUUUCCAAACUUAGUGCGAACGAUAAUGCGAUUUACAAAAAGUCAACAUUGACUGCGUAUGCUCCUUGUGUUGGUCUUCCGCUUAUUUCCCUCCCUUUAAGUACCUCACUUUCUAGAGAAAGAACGUUGCCUGUCCUGUCACUUUGAAAAACCCCUGCCGUCACAUAAACACAGAAACAGCUGAGUUCAGCCUCACCCUCCCAACUUGUUUUCAUUCCUCUCGCCCUUCCCCCAGACUCCCCUCCUCCCUCCUCCCACUGUCUUUGUUUGCUUUGCCUCUUUGCCUCGAAGGGUUACCACCCAACAACCUGCUUUGGAGGCUCCCGAUUGGUGGAUUCUUGGUGAUGGGGCGGGCUGAGCGUCAGACGUGUGAGGGGUUUUUACCACUGGUGAAGAGGCUCGCUCUCAUCUGUCAGAAAGCGUUUAGUCUGCAGCGGAGCAGGAUAUGUCUCAGCCGGACCUGACUGCUGCAGCAGCAACGAUCCGUAACACAACACUCUGAAGAGACGCAAAAGUGCUUUUCUAUUUCCUCUGUGCUCCAAGCGUCUACCUGGAAACAAGUUCUGGGGCAUCGAAUACUGGCUGAUCCGCUGGGCCCGUUUCCUCUGUAUUUCCUCUUCUCUUUGUUUUCAACCAGCAGAAUCCCCGAGAACCCGUACAGAGCACACACCAUCACAGCCUCCACCUCUGUGGACAGCCUCAAUGCGACAUCACCAGUGGAUCUGCAGUUCGUGAGCGCACCCGAGAGACAGGGGCCCCCACCGCAUUCGAGCCCGUGUGCGCGAGGAGGCUAAUGCCCGCCGUGGUGUGGUCAGCGCCAGAGGAGGAUGAGUCCGGCCGUGGAGGCUCAGGCCCAGGAGGCCAUGGAGGCAGAGCAGAAGCAGAAGCAGCAGCAGCAGAACCAGCUGCAGCAUCAGCCGUGCUACAUGGAGAAGGGGGUGAUGCUUGAGCCCUUUGUGCACCAGGUGGGGGGACAUUCCUGCGUUCUGCGCUUUGGGGAGCAGACCAUCUGCAAGCCCCUCAUUCCCCGGGAGCAUCAGUUCUACAAGAGUCUUCCUGCUGCAAUGAGGAAGUUCACCCCACAGUACAGAGGUGUUGUCUCAGUGAGCUUCGAGGAGGAUGAAGAGGAGAAUCUUUGCCUAAUCGCCUACCCCCUGUGCAGUGACCAGCCUGCAGACGUAGAGAACAAAGACUCCUCUGCAGACAAGGACAAGAGCGGGCACGGGGUGCAGGACUACAUGGAGCUGGAGCGGUCGAAGCAGGCUGAGGUUCUCCGCUACAGGCUGGAGCACAGUCACAGUAACGCCGUCCCACAGCUCAAACACAACCCUUGGAGCCUCAAGUGUCACCAGCAGCAGCUGCAGCGCAUGAAGGAGAACGCUAAGCACCGCAACCAAUACAAAUUCAUCCUGCUAGAGAACCUGACCUGGCGUCACACGGUACCAUGCGUGUUGGACCUAAAGAUGGGCACACGGCAGCACGGCGACGAUGCCUCUGAGGAGAAGAAGGCCAUACACACCCGCAAGUGCCAGCAGAGCACGUCCGCCUCCAUAGGAGUCCGCCUCGGUGGCAUGCAGGUGUACCAUUCGGACUCCGGCCAGCUGAUCUUCAUGAACAAAUACCACGGCCGCAAACUCAACCUGCCAGGAUUCAAAGAGGCUCUGUUCCAGUUCUUCCACAGCGGACGGCGCCUGCGACGGGAGCUGCUCUCCCCGGUGCUGAGCCGGCUCCGGGAGAUGCAGGCUGCCCUGGAGUCCUGCGAGUCGUAUCGCUUCUACUCCAGCUCUCUGCUCAUCAUCUACGACGGGGCGCAGCACAGGAAGCACACGCGCCGACGCGCCGACGACGGCCUCUCCGAAGACGAGGACGAGGAGGUGGAAGCCGAGCCUAAAAUGGACGAGGGCGAGGACGAAGAGGAGGAGGGCGAGGGGGCGGGCGCGUUCGGCUUUCCCAACAACCCGGCGCCGUCUAGCGACCGCAGCGGGGGCUCUGGUGUUAGCCCGCCCUGCUCAGACCUCCACAGCCCUGUGGUGGAUGUGAGAAUGAUCGACUUUGCUCACACCACCUGUAAACAUUACUGCGAGGACAGCGUGGUCCACGAGGGCAAGGACAGCGGCUACAUAUUCGGUCUCCAGAACCUGAUCAGCAUCAUCUCUGAGCUGGAGGACCACUGCACAGACUGACUGCUAGAAUAAAGCGCAGGCCUUCGAACUGAAAGGCAGAGACUCAGACCCCUCAGGCCUGUGCAGGAACUGAGGAGAGGAGAACUUUAGCGCUGCAGCGGUUUCUCUAGCUCUUCCUGUUCUCGCCACUGGUGCUUUUUGUUGUUACCGUUGUGACUGUCAGCCGCCAGGAAGUGACACAGACUGCGAGCAACAGAGAGGAGCCACCACCUGUGUGAACGUGGAAGAGAUCCGUCGUCCUGUUUUAACCCCAGUAACCAAUGAGAAGUAGGGCCGGCCGUAAUCUGAAAGCCAUUCAAAUGUCUAAAGCAGGUGUUCUCGUGUCAGAUUUCCAAAGAAAGUGUCGUUUUGCACACGCAGACGUGCUCUGAAAAGGGAGAGCGUGUGUUCGGACAGAAACGGGGAGGAACAGCAGGAGUUGGAUGAGGACAGAAACUGAGAAGGGGCCAGCUCAGGCCUCCCUUCUUCUUUUACAUGUUCAUCCUGCCACCGUUCUUUCCUCGUUCGCCUCCCGCAGCUAUGUAAAUCUCAGAGAUGACAGAGAGAUAUUUAUUGUAUUUGUUUCAUAAAAUAAACUAAAAAUAUCCAAAAAAAAAAAGACUGAAUGGAGAGAAGUACAUUCCACAUGAUUAAUGUUGCAAUAAUGAUAUUAAUUAAUAUUGUUAUUUGACACAGUCGGAUACCUCUGCCUACUCUUUUUCCCAUGUUGUCCACGACUUGUUGGAGGGAAAUUAAAACCUUUGUGCAAGCAGCAGUG